CGGGGCUGGGAGCCCCGAGCGGCUUCUCCCGUUCCUAUGGCAACAGCGGCGGCGGCGUUACCCGUCUCCCCUGGAGCGCCGCCGCCUUCGCAGCGGCUCGCCAUUGGUCGAAGGAAUCGAUCGUUUAGAAGGAGGCGCGCUUUCAUUGGCUGAGGCAUGAUGUGUUAAUCCUGAUGCCUUGAUGUUAUACAAUGCCUGAUCAACACAAGAAAGUGAAGACCACAGACAAGGCAACUGAUACCAAACUUCAAGGGGAUUACUCAGACCUUAAAAGGCUUCUGGCACUACUAAAUGUCCAGUCAAGCAAACAACAGCUGCCAGCCCUUAACUUUGAAAGUUCUAAUAAUAGCAUGACCAAGUCUGAGCAAUACUCCAGCAACCCUUGUGGAGAGAGAUGUAGAGGUCAAUGGCAAGAAUCGACUGAAGCUGUUGAACUCGAACACUUUAGUAUGAAUUACAAGAAUGAGAGGAAAUUUAGUCAACAUCCACAGCACAAGCUGUUUCAAGAUAUCUUCACAGCUUUGGUAAAGAACCGGCUGAUUUGCAGGGAGUGGGCUAACCGAGCAUCAUCUAUCCACUUUCUGAGAGUUUUAAUUUGCAUAAGAUUAUUAAUGAGAGACCAGUGCUAUCAGGUUAGUUUGCCCAUGGUCACCUCCUUGAAACAUAAAAUAGGAACAUGA